UGAUAAGAUUAGAUAAUUAAAUUUAAUCGAUUGGCGUUAUCAUAAUUUUUUUCAGCGUAUCCGAGUUAUAAUAUUGCACUGCAUAGAAAUGAUAAAUCUAGGUGUGUUUAGUGUAUGAUAGAUCGUUAUACAUAAGCACAUUAUUGGAUUUCUCAUGAGUGUUGAUGUGAGCGAGUAACUGUGUGUUUAUGUCAAGUGGAUGAAUUUUGAGUGCGCUAAAAUAUAUAUACAUAUGAAGGAUAGUGAAGAGAAUAGGAUAGGAUAGGAUUCGGGACGAUAAAAUAGAAUAGAAUGGGAAGUUCAAGCUCAACAGAAUCGCGAAUAACUCGCGAAAUGUUGGAAGAGUAUGCCCAGCUCACGUACUUGAAUAAAGCUGAAAUACUUCAUGUUGCAAAACUUUUCAAAAGUUUACUACCCCGUGGAACUGAAGAGUUACAGCAUCAACGGAUUCCAGUUGAAGAAAUACUCAAAGUAGUUCCGCAACUUCGAUACAACCCAUUUCGCGAUUCAAUCCUGCGUGUAUUUUCAACUGAUAACGACGGCACUAUGAGUUUCGAUGAUUUGAUUGAUUUGUUCUCAGUGAUGUCGGAAAAUUGCCCUGGUGACGUAAAAGCCGCCUGGGCGUUUAAAAUUUUUGAUUUUGAUGAAGAUAACCAGCUGUCUCUGAAUGAUUUGAUAAAAGUUGUAGAAAGACUUACAGGAUUAAAGAACAGCGAGCCGAGAAUUGACCGCAAAAGCUCAAAAUUUAUCGCACAAGUGAUUAUUCAAGAAUUGGAUCUGGUGAUGAACGGCAGUGUUGGUGUUCAAGAAUUUGUACACACUGUAUCGAGGAUGCCAGAAUUUGCACAUACAUUUAGAAUAAAAAUUUAAUUUAAAUGAAUCGGGUUAUUACUCUGGGACCGGAACUUGUUGACUCCUCGUCACUCCCAAUGAUUCUUCGAACUUCAAGAAUUUAGAAAUAGACACAAAUUAAUA